CCCAGCCUGCGCACGCCAUUCACCAUGCUCACCCACGAUUGCGCGCACCCCGACUCUUACUCCAGUCGACGAUUCACUCGUCGCUAAGACGACAGUGGUCGAUGAAUGCUCUCCGCUCGCCUCGCAGCUGGCGGGCUUUUGCAGCGUCUUCCAGCUUCCGACCAUGUCGUGUCCAUCCACUCCAGUUCCACGGGACUGUCCUUCGUUUUCGUUCAUUCCAACAUCUCGCGCAGAAUACGGACAAAGAAGCACCCAAACAGACUUUGAAGGGUACUGCAGGAACGACGUCGAAACCUCCAGCAGAGCCGUCACCUCCGAAAGCAGCACCAGAUGACGCCGUGCACAUCACGGUGAAGCAACAGCGAAAGAACGACUGGGAGAUCGUCAAGCGGCUUUCAGGUAAUUUGUGGCCAAAGGAUGACUGGUCAACGAAGGCGAGAGUGGUGGUUGGCAUGAGUCUCUUAGUUGCGGGAAAGGUGCUUAACGUUCAAGUCCCUCUGCUCUUCAAGAACAUCAUAGACUCUUUGAACAUCCCAGUGACGGAUGACUCAACAGUAUGGGUUGUUGCAGGCUCGCUGAUAUUAGGAUACGGUGCUGCAAGAAUCGGUGCGACGCUAUUCGGGGAACUGCUCAACGCUGUGUUUGCCAAUGUUGGCCAGCGUGCUAUCCGCAGAGUGGCACGUGAGACAUUCGAGCAUCUCCUCAACCUUGACCUCAAGUUUCAUCUGUCUCGGCAAACUGGAGGCCUUACGAGAGCUAUCGACAGGGGAACUAAGGGUAUUACAUUUAUCCUACAAGCAAUUAUAUUUCGCAUCGUACCCACGGCACUUGAGAUUUCGCUCGUGUGUGGCAUCUUGACGUACAAUUAUGGGUGGAAUUUUGCUGCGAUAACAUUGGUCGCGAUGGGCGCAUAUACUUGGUUUACAGUGCGAACGACUGCGUGGAGGACACGAUUCCGGCGGGAGGCUAACGCUGCGGAUAACAAGGCCGCCACUGUUGCCGUAGACUCAUUGAUCAACUACGAGGCCGUCAAGCACUUCAAUAACGAGAAGUACGAGAUCGGGCAGUAUGACAAGCAUUUGAAGUCGUACGAGAAAGCUGGUCUGAAGAUUGCGACAUCACUGGCAUACCUCAACUCCGGACAGAAUAUCAUCUUCUCCGGCGCACUGACUGCCAUGAUGCUCCUCGCAGCACAGGGCGUGCUUAAAGGAACGAUGACUGUCGGCGAUCUCGUCAUGAUUAACCAGCUUGUGUUCCAGCUAUCGCUUCCUCUGAACUUCCUUGGCACUAUCUACCGCGAGAUGAGACAAAGCUUGUUGGAUCUCGAAAUUCUAUUCAACUUGCAGACUAAGAAUCAACCACCCAAGGAUAAACCAGACGCGAAGCCGCUCGAGCUCAAGGGUGGCUCCAUCCGGUUCGAGAACGUGCAAUUCGCAUAUCACCCUGACCGACAAAUCUUCAGUGACCUGAGUUUCGCGAUUCCUGCUGGCAAGAAGGUUGCAUUCGUCGGUCCAUCUGGCUGUGGCAAGUCCACGAUCGUGCGCCUACUCUACCGCUUCUAUGUACCCUCGUCGGGUAAGAUCUACAUCGACGACCAGGAGCUCCACGACCUGCAGAUUGAGAGUGUGCGGCGGGCGAUUGGCGUCGUGCCGCAGGACACGCCGCUGUUCCACUCGGACGUCCUACACAAUAUCCGAUAUGGACGCUUGGACGCGAGCGACGAGGAGGUGCGAGAGGCGGCGCGCAAGGCGCACGUGCACGAGGCGGUGAUGCGCUUGCCUGAGGGUUACGCGACUAAGGUCGGCGAGCGCGGUCUCAUGAUCUCGGGUGGCGAGAAGCAGCGACUGGCGGUAGCGAGAGUACUGCUCAAGGACCCACCAAUUUUGUUCUUUGACGAGGCGACUUCAGCGCUGGACGCGCACACUGAGACCGAGCUCAUGAAGAAUAUCAACUCGCUGCUGCAGGAGAAGUCGCGCACGUCAAUCUUCAUCGCCCACCGUCUCCGCACGGUGGUAGAGUCAGACCUGAUUAUGGUAAUGAACGAGGGCCGAAUCAUCGAGCAGGGCACACACGAGGAACUCAUGCGUUCCGGCGGCCUCUAUCACAGCAUGUGGGUCGAGCAAGCGUCACACAUGGAAUUUGACGUCCCGGCUGAGAGUAAACCUGAGUAACAGUAAUUUAUUUUAUAUGACCUUCGCUAUACCUCCAGCUCAUAAUAAGUAAUUCUGAAGAGACUCUGGAUGGUCCCAGCGUUCGAUUAUAUAAAUGCAUGGGGCUUACGUAAGCAUCCAAAUGCGGCCGUCCUCCGAAGAGCCUGGCGCAACUCUGGUGCGCAGUCUCCCUAAGGCUGGGGCUAGUGACCAGAAUGUACAAUGCGCAUUGGACUCCUUCGUAAGUGCAUAUUAACCACUGGUGUGUACGCUUCAUUCUGCUCGUCUUUACUAUUAGCCACUAGCGGGAUAUACAGUAUUACGCU